UGUAGUCAGGGCUGUGCAGGGCUGCGUGUGGUGUGAGUGUAAGGUGGAGCUGAGCUUUAGGGGCGUCGCUUCAUCUUCCCCAGUCUUCACAGUGUGAGCAGGGAAUAACCGGAGCUAUGCCCCAUUCUGCUCUUCCUUCUCUACAUGCUUCUGCCAUAUAUCUUCCCACAUAUCCGUCAUUGCACAGGAGCGAGAGUCUCGGCAAGGUAUGGUGACUAGAUCCUCUUCUUGUAUCCCCGAGACAGGGGCUGGGGUUAGAAACUGCUGUGUCCGGCCACUGCACCUUGUGUACUCCUCAGGGACAGAUAAUCCAUAAUUUGGUCACAGCUUGUGCACUUUACUGAUUACCUCAUGCAGAAUGGAACCUAGAAAAGCAUAUCAUUUGCAGCACUGAAGCCUCAACAUUUUUGGUCUACUUUCUGUUGUCAUUGGUGUUACUGGGAGAACAAUUUGCAAGAUGAAUUUUUCCGAUUCAGAUUACAGCAUUCAGUCAUCAAAUGAAUCAUUCUUCCCAAACUUGACCAGCAUUAUGCCACCAGAUGACGAUAUAGACUGCACUUUGCCACUGGCAAUAAUUUUUACUUUAUCUCUGGCCUAUGGAGUUGUCAUCAUACUUGGACUCUCUGGAAAUUUGGCUCUAAUUAUAAUUAUAUUGAAGCAAAAAGAGAUGCGCAACGUCACUAAUAUUCUUAUUGUAAAUCUCUCAUUUUCCGAUCUUUUGGCAACAAUAAUGUGUCUCCCAUUUACAUUGGUUUACACCCUAAUGGAUCACUGGAUAUUUGGAGAAGUCAUGUGUAAGCUGAAUGAAUAUAUUCAGUGUGUUUCAGUCACAGUUUCUAUUUUCUCAUUGGUCCUCAUUGCUGUUGAGCGUCAUCAACUCAUCAUAAAUCCUCGUGGUUGGAGACCAAAUAACAGACAUGCUUGUGUUGGAAUCACAGCAAUAUGGAUUGUAGCCAUGGCUGGUUCUUUGCCUUUUAUGAUAUAUAAUUCUUUAACAGAUGAACCAUUUCGGAAUAUAAGCAUUGAUUCAUAUGUUGGGAAGUAUGUGUGCAUGCAAGAGUUCCCAAAGGAGAAAUUCCGACUUUCAUAUACAACUUUGCUAUUUGUUGUACAGUAUGUGGGACCACUAUUCUUUAUUUUUUUCUGCUAUACAAAGAUAUUUCUAAGAUUAAGAAAACGGAACAACAUGAUGGACAAAAUGAGAGACAACAAGUACAGAUCCAGUGAAACUAAGAGAAUCAAUAUCAUGCUGUUUUCCAUUGUGGUUGGAUUCGCUCUGUGUUGGCUGCCAUUUUUCAUCUUCAACUUAGUGUUUGAUUGGAACCAUGAGGCAAUUGCAACCUGCAACCAUAAUUUGUUGUUUUUGAUUUGUCAUCUGACCGCAAUGAUCUCUACUUGUGUUAAUCCAAUCUUUUAUGGCUUUCUCAACAAAAACUUUCAGAGGGACCUACAGUUCUUCUUUAAUUUCUGUGAUUUUAGAUCUCGAGAAGACGAUUAUGAGACUAUAGCUAUGUCUACCAUGCACACUGAUGUUUCAAAAACAUCUCUUAAGCAAGCAAGCCCAAUAGCAUAAAAUGGAUGAUGCCAGUAUGCUGGCAGUGUGUUGAAAGUAUGUUCCUCCAAUAAGCACAAAUCCCUUAUAUAUGACUUCAUGCUCACAAAUCACUUCAUGAACAUUUGUGUCUUUGGAAUUUGUGCAACAUUCACAUUGCAUCUGGACUUUGGAGGUCUUUUGCAUUAUUAUGCCUUUUAUCUCCCACACGUUUCAGUAUAUGUGGUGUUUUUUAUACAGACACUUAUUGCCAUACCUUUAUAUAGUAUAAUAUCAUUCUAUGGCUAUGUGCUUUUUCUUUGUUCUCGUGGGUUAGUGUGGCUUUUGGCACUAAGAACAACAAAAAUACACCGAUCACACAAAACUGUGAAUGUUACAAUAUUUUAUACCUUCCACUAUUGAUUAUACCCCAAAAUAUCAGAUGUACUCUUUACUAUAAUUGUUACUUUUUCAUAGAUGUGUACAGAAACAUACAAGUAUAUUUUACACUGCGCUAUUUAGACACUGCUUUAUAGGUAUAAGCUUGAACCUUUUUUUCUUUUAAUAAUACACUGCAUUAGUAGUAGUGGUGCCAGGGAAGACAAUAUUUUAAGGAAGUGUGCCUUAAAGUUUAUACAGUGAGAAAAUUAUUACUGUAGAUGUGCUGUUUCUCUAAAAAGGACUCUACAGACCCUUUUAAGAGUGUUGUAUUACUGAUUUAUUUCCCAUUGUUGUUGGAGGUAAUUGUGUCCAUGGCUGUUAUACCUAGAUCAUUUUCUGAAAGGCUAGGUCCAUUUAUUAUAACAAUGAAUAUUAAACACCUUUGCUGCCUUGUCUUUCCUUAGAGUUCAGAAUAAAAGAUAACAUAUAACCAAUAUAUUAACAAGGUAACAUUUCUGUAGUAUGAUUUGGUUUCCAUACCCAUCUCUGGGUGACUUGUACAUUCAACUGCAUCAUCCAUAAAGCUGAUGCACAUUCAUUUGAUCUAUUUCAUUCCUCCAAGCAACGUUAACAACAAAGAGAAGGCAGAUUAUGCAUUGAGGAGCAAAAGAUGUAAGUGGUAGUCAUAAAAGUACAGAUAAACAUUCUAAAAUACUAUUAUGUUAGAUAUUUAUUAUGAUGUUGAAAUAAACCAAAUAUUGCUUCUUAUACACA